GUACUGAUCCUCGGUGAUCCGGGGCUUGCCAAGUCACAGUGCCUUAAAUUCGUCAAUAAGCUUUUCCAGCGCUCAGUGUACACCACGGGUAAGGGAGCUAGUGCCGUUGGUUUGACGGCAUCAGUUCGUAAAGACUAUCAAACUGGAGAGUACACGCUUGAGGGUGGAGCUUUGGUAUUGGCUGAUAGUGGUAUUUGCCUGAUCGAUGAGUUUGAUAAGAUGAAUGAUGCUGAUCGUACCUCCAUCCAUGAGGCUAUGGAGCAGCAGAGUAUAUCUAUAUCUAAAGCGGGUAUUGUGGCAUCCCUCUCAGCCAAGUGCUCAGUCGUAGCAGCUGCCAACCCUGUCGGAGGCCGAUACAACCCUAGUCUUACCUUCACUGACAAUGUAGAUCUCACGGACCCCAUCUUAUCCCGUUUCGAUGCUCUAUGUGUGAUACGAGAUGAGAUUGAUAUAUUCCAAGAUGAGCGUCUGGCCGACUUUGUCGUGUGUACCCAUAUGCAAAACCAUCCCCGUGAGCCUAGCGACAACGUGAGGCCUCGGAACCAGGAGACGGAAGCACUAUACGAACCCAUCGAUCAAGACCUCCUCAGGAAGUAUAUUCUCUAUGCAAGGACGAGUGUAUUCCCCAAGAUAUCGGAUGUGGAUGCAGACAAGUUGGCCAACUUCUACAAGGAAAUCAGAUCAGCUGCCUCUGAUAGUCACGGGCUUCCCAUGACGGUCAGACAUAUAGAGUCGAUGAUUCGUAUGGCUGAGGCAAGUGCUAAGAUGGAGCUUAGAGACUACGUCACAGUAGACAUUGAUCAUGCUAUAGCCACUAUGCUG